GGAGUGGAAGGGGCGGGUCUACAACGCAUGUCAGUGCAGGUGGUGGUUAGUGUGAAUCGGCGGUGUAUUAUUUUCAACUAAAUUGAACUUCUUAAAAGACAUUUACGAUUGCCAGUAGAAAUAUUAGGCGACGGUACCUUGACUUCCAUCGUCGUUCGAGAUUUGUCUCGAAACAUUUUGCUGUUUGACACAGAGAGACGGAGAAAGCUCUACACAGAUUGACAGGAGGGGAUAUCGUUAUUAGCUUACGGUAGCUAACUUGUCCCUUCAUAUCAGCUGCCUCAGCGCUGUAUGUGCGGCAAUAGCAUGUCAGCGCCUUUACCUGCCAUUGUGCCUGCUGCCCGAAAAGCUACUGCGGCGGUGAUAUUCCUGCAUGGACUUGGUGAUACAGGACAUGGCUGGGCAGAAGGUUUUGCCGGCAUCAGGUUACCACAUGUGAAAUACAUCUGUCCACAUGCUCCCACCAUGCCUGUGUCCUUGAACAUGAGAAUGUCCAUGCCUUCCUGGUUUGAUAUCUACGGAUUGAACCCAGAUGCAAAUGAAGAUGAGGCUGGUAUUAAGAGAGCGUCAGAGAACAUUAAAGCCUUGAUAGACCAAGAAGUGAAGAAUGGAAUACCUUCACACAGAAUUCUCCUGGGUGGAUUUUCACAGGGUGGUGCAUUGUCUCUCUACACUGCUUUGACGACUCAGCAGAAGCUAGCUGGAGUGAUCGCUCUAAGCUGCUGGCUCCCUCUGCGCAAGUCCUUCCCUCAGGCUUCUGCCAGUUGUGCUAACAAGGACAUGCACGUCCUACAAUGCCACGGGGACGCCGACCCCGUGGUUCCCUUUAUAUUUGGCAGCCAGACAGCAGAGAAGAUGAAGAGCCUCGUCAAUCCAGCCAACAUCACUUUCAAGUCGUAUCGGGGUCUACCUCACAGCGCCUGUCCAGAGGAAAUGGUGGAUGUGAAACGAUUCAUAGAGAAGCAGCUUCCACCCAUCAGCGAUGAAUGAUCUCGGAGCUGCACUGCCAGAGUCCUUUGGGUUUGACUCCAGCGGGACUCGGUGAACCACUUUCUACUUGACAAUAAACCACGCUGCUACUCAUAGAGCCGGACUGGGGCUGCCGGUUAAUCUCGGAGAGGCUCAUAAGGAAAAACAAUGCUGUAUCCUGACCUGGUGCCACACACAACCCUAAGUGUUAGAGUAACAUUAGUUGCUUGAUUGUAAAGCUAUCUGCCAUUAAGACAAGCCAUUUCCUCCAGGAAACACAUGUAUUGGAAUAACUAGGGCUAUACUUUAUGGUUUAAUUCCUAAUAUCUCACAAUAAAUGGCUUAUUGUUAAAUGCUCUUUUUUUAUUAAUGGAGCUUUUGUGUAGUAGUGCUGAAACAAGUUAUUAGUCGAUAAAGAAAUAUAACACAUUUACUAGCUAAAGAAUUUGAGUAUUGCAUUUGUGUUUUGGGAUUUGUUGUUGGACAAAGCAAGCCAUUUAAAGUCAUCAACUUUGACGUCUUAAAGCUAAACAACUAUACAAGACAAUAAUCAAUAGUUCAUUCUAAUUGGAAAAAUUAGACCUGUAAUUUUUUUAUAAAAAUAUAUGAAUAUUAUAUAUAUAUAGUAUAUUUCAAAUAAGGUUUUUUAAAGCAGCCUAAUAUGCAAUCCACUUAGGAAUUAUUUCCUGUAAUUUGUACUACCACAUGUUGAAAAAACCCAACAGCAACAAACAACAUACGAUUGUGCUUUAUUUAAUUUGUGAGAAUUAAAAUAUCUAUUUUGCACACAUUUCUUUUAAAAUACACAAAUAUAUCAGUGGUCAGGGUCAUGUAUUUCAGUUUGUUUAAAUUAAAUAUAAUAUGACUAGUAUCACAGUAUUGAAACACACAGACAAGAUCUAUUUCCGGUUCUCAGCUCAUCGACUUGUAUAAACUUCUUUUCUUUGAGAAGAGCUGAAAGCACCAACAUAUGAAGUCAUUGUCGCACCAUCCACGUUAGACCAAGGUGCUAGUGUAGAAGAUCUUAUUCCAAGGCACUUUCCUUCUUCUUAAGUUACUGUUAAAUACAACCUAUUAGUUCCUAUAAGAACUGGAUAUGCAUUAAGGCUCACAAUAUACCUAAAUACAAAUGCAGUGCUCACAGAUGCAUGCUUUCCCUCAUUAAACAAGGUAGAAAAGUGCAAUGUCAAGCUAGGGAAUAUAUAAAAAUAUAGAUAUGUUUUUCUAACAAGUAACUGAUGCUGAACCGUUUGUUCUUGUUUGCUCCGAGUAUUUUGGUAAACUAAUCAUGGGUAAAUAAACCGCACUUAACAGCUGGGUGACAA